AAUACCACGUGUCUUACGCCGGUCCUAUGCUACUGCGGAGAACACGCUUCCAUUGAGCUGCAUGAUCAUAGCUGUAAGAUGGCGGCGCGGUGGGGAGUUGGAGAGGAGAGUUUAACCACCGGCAGUAUGGAAUUUUUCACGACAUAUUCACUUGAUGAGGGCCAUUUGUCUGGAGAGGGCAGUGGCCUGACCCUGGAUGCCCAGCUGGACUCCGCAGACGGGUUGGAGCACUUCCACAGCUGCCUGGAUCCAUCAAUCCUGUCAAUCUUUGAGGACUCUCUUGCAACUGGAGAGGCUAGAGGCCGAGCGGACGAGGAGAGCGAAGCAACGCUUCUCACGGCUCUCACGGAAAUACUCGACAACGUCGACGACGAGAACCUGUCACCCUUUGACACCCUCCCGGACUCGGAGCUGUUCUCUGGCCAGAGGGGUCGCGAACCAUCCCCGCUGAGAAGGCUCUUGAAUCUGGCCCGGUCCCCUCCCGGCCGGGAACCUGUGCGCAGUCCCAAAUCUAUCACCCCCAUCCCAGCGAAGUCAGAGAAAUUGGGUGCAGAGAGGGAGCAGAAGGCCAGGACUCUUCCGUGGGUGCCAGACUUGGCAAUCCAGAGGAGCGAUGGGGAAGAGGAAGAGGAGGAAGGUGGCGGAGGCUUAACUCCGAGUUCGGAGGGUCCCUGUUCCCCCGAUGCGGCGGAGGCAGGGGGCCUGCUGUCCCUGGACCAGGACGGGAGGUGUGUGGCCCUGUCCCUGAGCGACCUCGUGAAGCACAUGCACACGUACUGCCUGGAAGUCAGCCUGGAGCCGGGCGAGGGCGACGGGCUGCUGCCGGAGGGGGCCAUCGUGCUCGAGGUGGUGGACCAAGGCGAGCAGGGGGAGCCCGUCCUGGCCGUCUCCUCGUCCCUGGGCCUGAUGGAAGCGCUGAGUGCAAACGAGGAAGCGGGGUUCCAGCAGGAGGCGGCGCCGCAGGAUGAGGAGCAGGAGCAGGUGUCUCAGGAGGCUGGGGUAUCGUCCUCCUCGUCGAAAGAGAGCUGCUCCCUCCCGGCCUCGGUUUCGGAGGAGAACGACGACGAGAAGGCGAGCGAGGAGCGGCCCAGGGUGGAGGCGUUUGGGAAAUACCCCACCGGCCGCAAAAAGAAACGGAAAAGCGACGAUGGCGGCGGUCAAAUCGCCGAAAGACGCGUCCUUAGGAGCGCGUCGGUUAAUUUAGUCAAGGAGAGUCCCGAGGAGCCCAUGGAAACGGGCCUCGAAAAGAAAGCCCAGACCACGAAGAAGAAGAAGAAGAGGGUGACCUUCGCACCCGUUUUGACAUCUUUCCUUGAGUCCCCGGUCGACGGCGAGUGUGGGAGUGAAAGCACGGAAGCCCCGGCGCCGGAACAACCGCCGCCCGUUCUGGAAGACGGCAAGUCGGAUUCUGCACCUGCCGCACCACAGGCGCCAGAAAUCAACUCGCAGCCCUGCGAGGCAGCCUCCGUCCAGGAGGAGGCGCCGGUGUCUCAGCUUGCUGAGCCCGAGCCCAAGCCCAGGCCUCUCAGCCUGCAGCAGUACCGGCUCCUGCGGCAGCAGAAGAAACCAGCUCCGGUAGUAAAGCAGGAGGACCAGAGCACCAAGUGGCCCUCCCUGCCUGACCCCCCGACUGAGCUGCUCCCCAUCCCCUGCCUGGUGGAGCCCCAGCCGCAGCCGGCCUCCAAGACCUCACCCCCCGCGGAGCCGGCCUGGCAGCCCGUGGGCACUGAGGCUCCGCCCACUCCUCAGGCCCUCCUGGUCCCUCUUGCAUCACUGGGCUCCGCCAGUAAGGCCGCUGCCACUCCCGCGAAGCCUGCGUCGGUCCCCAAGAGUACCGAGGGGUCGCAAAAUGGCCCAAGUCCCCCGCGUGAGCCCUCCGCUGUGCUGCCGCAGAAGCCGAUUGAACCCGGCGUUUGCAAGCUACAGGAGCCCUCCCGUCAAAGCCCACCUCCAGGAGUGCAGUAUAACAAAGCCACGCCCACACAGGGCGUCGCCCACCGCCUGGGGAGCCAGGAGACAAAACCGCAGCAGCCCCUCCCGUCCGCUGCGGCAGCCCCUCAGCCCAGCACCUUUGGUGUCAAGCAUCAGGCACAGCAUGUGCCUCCAGUUCAGGCUGCUACACAGACACCGAAAUUACCAGCCAUUCCCAUUCCCGUGAAGAAGGGUGUCCCACCCCAGCAAACGGCAGCCCCCACCCCCCAGCGGGCACCUCAGAAGAGGCUGACCCCUGUCCAGAUGCCCCUGUCAGGGAAGAGAAACCUCAGGGCCAGCCAAGAUUCAACAAGUGAGAUUGGAAUUGAAGCCACUGAUCUAACAAGUCUGCUUGAGCAGUUUGAGGAGACACAAGCCAAAGAGGAGCAGAGGGUGCCGGCUCUCUGUGGCAGAGCAGCUGCUGUAGGAAGCUCCAGUUUGGAGCGGCAGCCUGACAAAAAGCCACUGGAGCGUCCACGCGGACCGGACCUGGGCAGCACCGCGGGCCUCACCCCACCAGCCACCCCCCCGCACCAGGUGUGGAAGCCUCUGACCCCCGUGACCCUGCUGGGGAAGGCCAAGCAGGCCGAGGGCGCAAAACCGUCGCCCUCCAAGGCCGCCCAGGUCGCCGCCCCCCAGCUGCCCUCGGGGAGCAAAGCGGGCGCCAGGUCCCCAGCGGCCGCCGCCACCCCCCUACCCCCGAAACCCGCGGCCCUCAAGGAGCCCCCGGCUUUCAGUGAUCACGACUACUGCCUGCCCACGGAACGGCCUGUGGAAUCUCUGAAGGGCACUUAUUACGGCGGGAAGCAUCAACCGGGCACCGUCGUCAAGGCGACCCCGCGCACUUCUAUCCAAACCGUGGCCCAGCCUGUCGCCGCGGCGACCUCUAGCAACGCCACGCCUGUGCCCGCGCCGGCGAAGUUUGUCAGCCAGCCCCUGGACCACAGGACUCUGACGGGCUCCGUCAUGCUGUCUCCAGACAGCUCCCCCUGCAGGCCGGAGGCCGCGGGAGACUGCGCCCCCGCCCUGGGGGUCGAGCAGCAUAAAAGCGGGGGCGGCCUCCGCUUCUCGGAGCGCCCCGCUGGCCCCCACGGCAGAGAGAGGGGCAGGACGAGGAGGCGGUAUCGCGGGCGCUCUUCGAGCUCCGAGUCCAGCAGCUCCGGGUCCAGCUCGCGGUCAUCCUCCCCGUCCCAGUCCAGCUCUGGGUCCACCUCUAGGUCAAGAUCCCGGUCCGAUUCCAGGUCUCCACCCAGGAAGAGGUUCUGCUUCCGUCGUUCUGAGAGCAGCUCCAGCGGCUCGUCCCGCUCCAGCUCGCGGUCUCCUCCGCGCCACCGGUACUCUUACUCGACCGCGCGGUCCUGGAGCCGAUCGCGUUCGCGCUCCUGCUCGCCUCAGGACCCGCGCCACCAGUGGUGGAGGGAGAGCUGCAGCCCGAGUUUCGCGCACCGAAAUCGCUACGACUCCAGAGAGUGCUUCCAGUGGCAGGAUGUGAAGGCACGCAAGGAGAAGGCCAUAGAAGAGCGUCGAGUGGUGUACGUGGGAAGGAUCCGGGGAGGGAUGACUCGCAAGGAGCUGAAGGAACGCUUCUCGCAGUACGGGGAGAUAGAGGAGUGCACCCUGCACUUCAGAGACUACGGGGACAACUAUGGCUUCGUCACAUACUACGACACCAAGGACGCGUUCAACGCCAUCGAGAACGGGAGCAAGCUGCGGCAGUCGGAUGAGCUGCCCUUUGACCUCUGCUUUGGAGGGCGGCGCCAGUUCUGCAAGUCCACCUAUGCCGAUCUUGAUUCAAAUAGGGAUUAUGACCCAGUACCUGCAAGAAGCAAGUAUGACGCACUAGACUUUGACACUUUACUCAAGCAGGCCCAGAAGGGGAUUAAAAGGUAACAGGAAAUGGGCAAUGCCAGAACAGGAAGAGGGGAGCUAACCAUGCGAUUUACCUCAGAGCUGCAACGUGAGCUCACACCUUCAGGCACUGCCUGUUCCACCCCAUACCCCCCCCCCUCCCUUCCCCAGUGUUUCUUUCUACAAAGCUUACACCUUCUAUUGAAGUGGAAAAUUUGUAAGAAAACCCUAAACAUUAUGAAAAAAACAGAAUAAAGUAAUAAAAAAACACCUAAAAAAUGCAAUUGAAGAGUUUUUAAGAAUGAAAUUAUUUAAGGAUUUGCAUUUGAUAAUUUGCAUUCCGAGAAUGGUAUGCAAGUCUUGUCUUGUUAAAUAGUAAAGUAAAAAAAGAAAAAUGUUAAGUUGGGGGGAAAAAAUGGAAAUGAUCCUGCACAUGGUGGGAAAGGGGCGUUUGCAAAAAUGUAAUGCAAAACAUAAAUAAAAAAAGUGUGAUAAAA